CCCCCAAUUUACUCCCUCUUCUAAAAAAAUGCUCCCACAAAACUUUAUAUAACCACACCAUCAUCUAAUCAUCCCACUCUUCCCCCUCACCUCACAUCUCUUCCCAAUUCCUUCUUCAAACAAAACACCAUCACCAUAAUCUCUCUUUCUCUCUCUCUUGAUGGGUCUUGAUCAAGAUGCUAGUAGUAACAACUCUGGCCUUCCACUUAUUCUUGGUUUAGCUCUCACACUUUCUCAACAAGAAACCAUCACUCCACCACCAUCCAACAAAAUCACAAAGCCUUUUAAUAAUUCCUCCAAUUUCAUCACUUGUUCAACAAGUAAUAAUCAUAAUAACAACCUUCAAGCUGAAUUACCAUCUCUAACUUUGGGUUUAUCUUACCCCAAAAAUGUUAAUAACAAUAAAGUUUAUUAUGAAGACCCUCUUGAUUUUUCUACACAAACUUCACCUCAUCACAGUGUUGUUUCAUCCUUCUCUAGUGGAAGGGUCAAGAGAGAAAGAGAUGUUAGCAGUGAAGAAGUUGAAGCAAUAGAGAGAGUUUGUUCAAGAGUCAGUGAUGAAGAAGAAGAUGCUGUUGCUGCUAGGAAGAAACUUAGGCUUACCAAAGAUCAAUCUGCUAUGUUAGAAGAAAACUUCAAACAACACAGCACUCUCAAUCCUAAACAGAAGCAAGCUUUAGCCAGAGAAUUAAAUCUACUCCCUCGUCAGGUUGAGGUGUGGUUCCAGAACCGAAGAGCUAGAACAAAGCUGAAGCAAACAGAGGUGGAUUGUGAGUUUCUAAAGAAAUGUUGUGAAACAUUAACGGAUGAGAAUAGGAGGCUACAAAAAGAGGUUCAAGAAUUGAAGGCACUGAAAUUAACACAACCUUUGUAUAUGCCUAUGCCAGCUGCUACACUUACCAUGUGUCCCUCUUGUGAGAGGCUUGGUGGUGUUAGUGGUGGUGGUGCUUCCAAUAAAACCACUUUCUCUAUGGCUCCUAAGCCUCACUUUUACAAUCCCUUCACCAAUUCUUCUGCAGCGUGUUGAUUUGUUCUUGGGAUUUUAGUUUUCAAAGCUAUGCAAAACUUCAAAAGGAAACAAAAAAAAGUUCCACCCACACAACCUUUGUAUUUUUUGGGUUGAGGGGAAACGUAUGUGAACUACAUCUAGCUAGUAGUGAAAGAUUAAGGAUGUAAUUAAUUAAUACUGUGUAGAAAUUAGUAAUUACUUAUCAAAAUUACUUUUUUACUUUUUGUUCUUUUAA